AUGAACCAAAAUUUUGUUCUUAUACUCGUUUUAUUGAUUAUGGUUUCCAUCGUCAAUGCUAUUCCGCAUCAACUUCAUAAAAGAAAAACCAAGUUUGGUUCAUGUGGAGACUUUCCCGUACUCGAUGUAUCAGUUUCACCUGAUCCUAUCGUUGCUGA